AUGGAACUUCCUCGCUUUUCUAAGCGGAUAGGAUCGUCGGAGGAACUCAGUUCAGUAUGCAAAGUCGAGCCUGUUCUGAUGGUUGAUUCGUCGUCUGAAAUUCUCCCGCUUGCACUUGUGCCCAUGUUUGUGGGAUAUGGAAGCUUUUGUGAUAAGCUCAUGAAUCAAGUAAAUUUGGCCAAGAAUGUGGGUAUUGUUGUUGACUCCUUGGAUGCAGAUUAUAAUGAGCUUACUGAUAAUGACGAUGUGAUGACUUCACGUGGGGAUUGA